CCCACUAUCCCAGGAUCCCAUUAACAACAACCAUAUGUUAAUGUUAAUUGUAACAUCUGAUUGUCCUUUUUCUGUUAUUGCUCCACACUUGUCCUAGAAUUUAUUCACACAUGCACACAUAUCAUAUCAUAUAUAUACACAUACACACAUAAUAUAUACACUCGUAACUCUGUUCUUUGUAUGAUCAGUGUCUGAAUUUACUGAUAUAUUUGUUUGUACUUCUAGUAGAAGUUGCAUGUCAUUCUUGAUUAGAGGAGCUAAAAUUUCUAACCAAAGUUAAAUUAUAAGUACUAGACACCAGUAUCAAUAGCAUUUAUCAUGUUCCGCCGCAAGACCCAUUCCCAUUGUGAUCAGGAGGCAGGUGAGGAUCAACCGCACAAGGUUAAGGAGCUUAGGACUUCCUUGGCGCCACUAUCAGGACGCAGCUUACAGUACUGCAAUGAUGCAUGUUUAAGGAGAUACCUCGAAGCGCGAAACUGGAACGUUGAUAAAUCAAAGAAGAUGUUGGAAGACUCCUUAAAAUGGAGGUCAAGUUUCAAGCCUGAAGAGAUCCGUUGGCAUGAAGUUGCAGUUGAAGGUGAGACCGGGAAGGCUUUUAGAGCAAAUUUCCGUGACCGCGAUGGCAGGACUGUUCUUAUCUUGAGACCAGGAAUGCAGAACACGACAUUACUAGACAACCAGAUGAGGCAUUUGGUGUAUCUGAUAGAGAAUGCAAUUCUUAAUCUUCCACAAGGCCAAGAGCAAAUGUCAUGGUUGAUAGACUUCACAGGAUGGUCUUUAACCAAUAAUGUUCCCAUCAAAUCUGCUCGUGAGACAGUCAAUAUUUUGCAGAAUCACUAUCCUGAAAGACUUGCUAUAGCAUUUCUGUACAACCCUCCGCGAAUUUUUGAAGCAUUUUGGAAGAUAGUCAAAUAUUUUCUGGACCCCAAAACAAUGCAGAAGGUCAAAUUUGUUUAUACAAAGAACAAGGACAGUGUAGAACUGAUGAGGUCAUACUUUGACAUGGAUAAUUUACCAACUGAAUUUGGAGGAAAAGCAAAUUUAAAAUAUGAUCAUGAGGAAUUCUCAAGGCAAAUGGCUCAAGAUGAUGUGAAAGUUGCCAAGUUUUGGAGUUUUGACAAACACCACACUGAAACUAAUGGCUAUUCUGCAGCAGAAGCUACUCCAAAGCCUGAAUGUCUUGCUCAACCAGUCAUAGUAUAGAACUUUAGAUGCUUUGCUAGAGUACCACCUUAUAUUCUUCUAUGCAUGAGUCUAAAUAAAUGACAACAAAUGUAAGAUCAUAAGAUGUUCAUUUAAAGAAUAGGCAAUAAACGCUAGGCGAUUUCUUCCUAUUUA